UAUAUCGUUCGUGCGCGAAGAGAGGAGCCCAACGUCGGUCGUCCAACUCGAAAACACGUGUCGUGGGAAAAAGUACGCGAACUCGUUCGAAAGAAUCCAUUAUUAACCGCCGCGCGUCCCAUAGAAACGGGGAGUCUAUGGGAACGCGCGAUAGCUCUCCCGUGUUGGCACGACUCGCGGUGGAAUAGAUUUUUUCCCUUGCGAAGCGCAAGUGACGGAUCGCGUAGUUGACGCUUGAAAUCAAAUUUAACGUAUUGUUAUGGAAGAAUAUAGCGUUUAUACAGGGUGUCCCGGCAUUGAUGGUACAACCGAGAAGGAGGUGACACGAAAAAACAAAUCGAAACGAUCGAGGAAGCGUCCGAAAAGUGAUGCUAUCAGUAUUAGCUCAAUGGAUAUAUCCAUUGAAUCGGAGUUGGGAAAAAAGAAGAAACGAAGGAGAAUCACAGAAGUGGCCAAUAGUAUUUUCUCCUCUUCUGGUAUAGGCAAUAGACAAGGGAAUACUCUUCAUAGGUCUUUUACAAUUCAACCAAGUGCAGAUUUAUCAUUUGUGGAUAACGAACUGGAUACAGGAACAUUAAGAAGAAGGCACCAAGAAAAUAAUGAAAGUACUAGCAACUUUGUGCUUAAAAGUUGGGUACUCGAUGUAGCAAAGAUGGGUACCAAAGACAGAUUGAAUAAUGUUUUAAGUCGGAAAGAAGUUAAAAGACAAGAAGCAAUUUAUGAAUUAUAUUGCGGAGAAAAUGUACUCAUAAGUGAUCUGUGUAUACUCAAAAAUUAUUAUUACGAACCAUUGAUACCUACUGGUAUUUUUAAUUCAGAUGAGUUACUUACAGUUUUCGGUAGUAUAACUCAUCUUAUUGAAAUACACACUAAACUGAGAGAUGAACUGAUGGAUUUAAGAGAUCAAUAUGGAUUUACAGAUAAAGUUGGUCCUACAAUACUAAAUUGGAUUCCAAUGUUAACAAAACCAUAUUUGGAAAGGUGUAGAACGCAAAUAUGGGCGAAACGUAUAUUAGAUGAAAAAAGAUUGACGAAUAAACGUUUUCAAUCUUUCUUAAAAAAACGCUUGGAAUCUCCUCAUUCUGUUGACUUGUGGACAUAUAUAGACGUGGCCAGAUCACGUAUUGUUAAAUAUCCUUUAUUAGUUAAAGAAAUACUCAGGCAUACUCCAGCCACGCAUACAGAUCAAACAUCUUUAAAAGAAGCGUACGAUAUGCUGUCCAAAUUACUUAACGAUAUAGACAAAACUAUGGGGGCCGCGGAAUGUCAAUUAGCUAAAUCAAAAAUAAAUAUAAAGUCAGACUAUGAUUCUACCAAUUGCAUUGAAAAUGCAACAGAAUUGAUUACCGAAGGACAGCUUAAAGAUAUACGAGGAGUGAAAUUUCAGUGCUUCCUUUUCAACACUGGUUUUGCCAUAACUCGAAGAUCUAGAUCUAUGAGUAAAAAGUACAACCUAUGUUUUCCCGUUAUACGCAAAGAACAAAUUUUUAUAAGUACCGAGGACAAAUCUGUUACAUCUUGUGGGUUUAAAAUUGGCGAUCAUUUUUUAAUAACCGAAGAUGAGCAUGGAAAGAGACAUUGGAUCGAUUCGUUUAACAAAGUUCGUCAGAAUAAAAUUGAUUCAUUAGAAAAUAUUAUUGGCGAUAAUGAAAAAGAAAAUCAGCAGGUUUUGACACCAGCAAAAGUAAAACAGUCUGCUGGAUCAUCUUUAAAUAAGAUGAACGAAAAUAAUUUUUCUAUGACAUUAAAGAAAAGUUUUUUAAGACAGAAACGUAACAGUAUUAAUUACGUUUGAUAUCCGGAACUUAAUGUUCCAUUUUAAAUAAUUUUCUACGCCCGUAUAUGUAUUAUAUUCUAUUAAAAAAUGUCUGCAAUGUAUUCGUGAAUUUAUAUAUAGCAUUUCGAACAAGUAUAAUUUUACAUUAAUGUAUGUACUUAUGUAUGUAAUAUUUAAAUGUUUCCAAGAUGAACACUUGCUCAUUAAAGCUUGUGGCUAUUGGAAAGAAUGUAUCAUGUACAAAUAUGUUCAAUAUUAAUUGUAAGAUAAAAAAAAUCCUAUCAUAUGCAAUUAUAUC